GUGACCCGAACGCUUUCACCAAAAGGCCAAGGAGCCUUUAAGCUUUUUGGCCGUGACUUUUUCACAUUUCUGAAACCACGAAUAUUCCUUUUUCAACCUCACAAGGACAACAAAAUCUCUAGCCCUAACCUUCGUUUCUCCAUUUCGCGAUUCAAUUUCUCCUCAGGUAUUGUGUAUUUGUUGCACUGUUUUUUUGUGGCUAUAAAAUUUUGAGGCUCCUGAAAUUGGCCUUAGCUUUGGAUACGGGGAAAAAAAAGGAAAUAGAAAAGAAAUCAUGGGGAACAAUUGGUUGAUUUUCAUGAAUCCAGAUGAUGGAUGUCCAUACAUCUUCCCUAUAGAACCCCUUUUAUCACAAAGUCUCUUGGGUCAUACUUUUUCCCAGUUGAAUUCAUUUGUGGACAAUUCUCUACACCAAUCUAGAUUCUUAUACAUUCCUGGAAGCAUGGCUUUUCAAGAAGCUCUUAACUGCAUGUCAAAGCUUGCUGGUGCUUUACUUUUUUGGUUCACGAGUACAUCCAGUUCAAAUUUGACACAACAAAUAUCAGGCAAUCAACAGGGACCAAGGCCUGGAAGCAGUCAGUCUCUUACCCAAGUUAAGCACAUUACAUCCACUAAACGAAAUCUUACUGGUUUUCGCUUCGGCUUUAGAUCAAAGGGAGAAUCUUCCUCUCCUGUGGUUUUUGGUAAGAUUUCGAGUUUCAUGAUGAGGCUGCUCUGCAGAGAAGCUGAAAGACUUCAAUCAUUCCCAGUGCUCUCAUUAGCUGCUGCUUUGGUUCCACCAUUUGAAAACUUAGCUUCAAAGGUGUUCGCUGUUCCAUUGGAGAAUGGUGAUGUACAAGCGCAUGGAUCCAUAGAUCAAAGGCCCUGUGAAGUUGGGCCACAUGGAUGUUUAGGCUUCUCAUUUAAUGACUUAAAUUGGACAAGUCAUGCUGUUGAGCCUAGAACUGGCAUUGAGUUUCCUGUGAUUUUGGACAACAUUUUAGCUGAAAAGCAAAAAUCUAGUUUAGCUUCAGAGGUACUGGUUGGAACUGGGUCCAGAACUAUGAAAGUAAUCAAAAUAAAGUCACUGAAGAUUUAUGCAUUUGGUUUUUAUGUCCAUCCUAACUCUGUCUGUGAGAAAUUGGGUCCAAAGUAUGCUUUUGUUCCUUCUGAUGAAUUACAUAAAUGCCGCAGCUUCUAUGAGGAUCUUCUGAGGGAGGAUAUUGGCAUGACUGUUCGGCUUGUCAUUAACUGCAGUGGGAUGAAUAUCAAUACAGUGAAAAAUGCUUUCGAGAAAUCACUUCGAGCCCGUUUACUGAAGACAAACCCUGACACUGAUUACAGUUGUGUGAGAGCAUUUGGUUCAUUCUUCACAAAAGAUAUUCCACUACCUUCGGGAACAACUGUUGAUUUUCGUCGGACAGCUGAUGGGCAACUAAUAACUGAAAUUGGAGGUCAGAAGAUUGGAGCAGUCCAUAGCAAGGAAUUAUGUAGGGCUUUCUUUGACAUGUAUAUUGGAGAUAUCCCCGUGUCAGAGCAAACAAAGGAAGAGAUUGGCAAUAAUGUAGGCAGUAUUAUCAGGAGGUGCUUACCCAAUUAACUGUAACAUUUCCAUUGUCUCGGUUUUUAAAUGAGCAAUUGGUUAAUGAUGCAAUAUACUUCUGGGUGGCCUGCCAUAUGACUGCGUGGUAACGGUUCGUUGAUGAUACACUUGAAGAUCUGGUCGUGGCUCAGCUAUGUGAAAUUUGUUUCCUGGAGGAGCACAUCCUGGAAAUCAAUGAAUUGCUGGAGCCUUUUGAUGUGCUUAGGCAUAGGUAUAGUUUAUGGAAAUUUGACACUCCAAAAAGGGUGGAGGAAAAGGAAAAAAAGAAACAAAAAACUGCUUGUGAUUCUUUGUUACAUGUAUGGGGAUUUCCAGCUUGGAUGGGUGUCCCCAAUUACAUCAUUAUGAUUAAUGAUUAUCAUUUAUUCAAAUAGAGAGGAAAUGUAAUUAAAGCUAUAUUACUGGUGCCAUAUUGAUGUGAAACAACGAAUUUUAUGUCUGAGCUUUUAAGCAAAAGCUAUUAGUCAUGUUUGGAAGCA